GCAAGAUGGGAAGGCGUAAAGCUCCUCGAAGCAAGCCAAAGUAUUUAGGAUGCUGUCGAGGCAUGAGCCACAGUCAGGGGUUGCCUUGGUUCUGUUCUGAAAACUGUAGUCUCUCCAAAUACGGGAGCCAUGCCUUCUCUUCCGAAGAACGCGGCUGAGAUAGCCUCAUCCUUGAAGACGCGCGGAUCCAAGAAGAUCGAAUACCAGAGUACGCUGCACCAAGGCGAUAGCAAUAUGCAGAAGGCCAUGAACUACAUCUCGCAGAUUGCGGAUGCAAUCACUAAGCAGGAAGCGCUCGCGUGGAGUAGUCAGUUUUCGCGGAUAAAAGAGGAUCGGCCGGCGCUCUCAGAUCAGUUUGAAAUUGCGUACAAGUCCUGGAAACUUCAGCACGAUGCCAUUAUAAGAGCAGAAGAAUACAGGCUCAAGGCUGUUGAACUCGCCCAAUCCCUGGAGAAACGGUGCACCACGAUACUCGCCAGGCCUCCUGUCCAGACCGUACCGAAGAAGCUUGCAAAAGGCAGAUUUUCUGGCGAUAGCGUAGCGGCAUCUUCGCACCACGUCCCUUCACCACUAGGAAUUCGCUCGAUAGUGAAUACCGACGGUGUCAUUAGUGUACAAACCUAUGCUCUUAACCGUAACAGAAGGUCGACCCACACAUCUCCAGCCACUGGUUCCCAGCAGACAUCAGCUGGUCCGGUUCUCUAUGAUUCGCACAUGGGAGGGAACUGGCAUGGUGAGCACCCCAACAGGGUCUUCACAGCAUCGCCAGAACCGAUAAUUGACACCUACAAUGCAAUACUUUGGCACGCUGGAUAUACAUGAAUUGAUGAAACGGACAUGAAAGCGGUUCAUCAAGAGACGUACCGGUGAAACAAGGAUGACGACAC